AUGGCUUUUGAGGCCCUAGCUAAGCUGCCGGAGCCUCGCAAGCCUGAGAGGCUUGGCAUGGACGCGCUUCAGAGCGUGUUAGCCGUCCAGCCCGAGGAGCAUGCUCUGGACGAGGAGCCUGGCAAUCCGGAGCCGGACUUUAUCACGGCCGGUAAGAGGUUGCAGGUGGAGUCUUGCGCAAGUACUUGCCUACCACUGCCUCUCGAGGGAACGGUGGACUGUGACGAUGGAGAUGUCGGGACCGAUUCACGUCACUCCUUCUUCUCACAGUCAUGGGCAGAUGGUGCAGACCACAAUCGUCCACCAAAUCGGCUUGCACAUGACCACCACAACAGCCGGAUGAAGGGCUUUUUGAAGGCGUUGUCCGCGUCAUCCGCUGACCUGGAGCAUAAGGUCCGACUCUUUCGAGGUGGAUCGGCCGAUGCACGCGCGCAGACCCCGGCAUCGAAGAUGACGUGGCUCUGGCGCAGAUGGUGA